AAAAGGUCUGUGUUUCCAGUGUUGUGGUCUCAGUGCUGUUUUGACAGUUGGAGUACAAGGAGAUUUCUUCUUUUUCUGCCCCCUUCUCUCUACUACCCCCCCCCUUCUAUUCACUUAAUGCACAGAAUGGGAAUGCUGUAGAGAGAAGAAAAAACAAAUUUAUGAGUUUUUUACUCCCAGACAGGCAGCUUUGUGUCAGUUACCUUCAAGAAAAGUUCACGCCCCAAAGGAGUGUUUAGUCUUACACAGCCACUGACUAAGCAGUGUGUGUGUGAGAGAGAGACAGACAGAGAUGAAGGAAAGUUUUGCCUCUUCAUGAAAGUUGUAGUAUUGUUUUAAAGAUGACUGCUACUUUUGUUUAAAGUAUUUGUUCUGGAAUUACUGAAGCUGGAGUCUACCAGACUGAGGUCAGAAGCAUUUUCUUUGGCAGAAAGAAGAUACUUUUAUAGAAGCCAUGCCUGUACUUGGGGUUGCCUCAAAGCUAAGACAACCAGCUGUAGGGUCAAAGCCUGUUCAUACUGCCCUUCCGAUACCAAAUCUUGGCACGACUGGGUCACAGCAGUAUUCAUCAAAGUCUUUGGAGCUUACUGGGGCGGAGAGCUCAAUGCUUUCUUGUCAGCUUACAUUAAAGUCAACCUGUGAUUUUGGAGAGAAGAAAACACUUCAAGUAAAAACCAAGGAGACAGAGGAUAGUAAGAUUUACACUGACUGGGCUAACCACUACCUAGCAAAAUCUGGCCACAAGCGGCUGAUCAAGGAUUUGCAACAGGACAUUGCAGAUGGAGUUCUGCUAGCAGAAAUCAUCCAGAUCAUUGCCAAUGAAAAGGUUGAAGAUAUCAAUGGCUGUCCCAGGAGCCAAUCUCAAAUGAUUGAGAAUGUUGAUGUCUGCCUUAGCUUUCUGGCAGCCAGAGGAGUAAAUGUUCAAGGUCUUUCUGCUGAAGAAAUAAGGAAUGGAAAUUUGAAAGCCAUUUUAGGACUGUUUUUCAGUUUGUCUCGGUACAAACAGCAGCAGCACCAUCAGCAACAAUACUACCAGUCUUUGGUAGAGUUACAACAGCACGUCUCUCAUUCUUCCCCUCCCACUGAAAUCAGCCAAUCCAAAACACAGCAAGAUAUGCAGUCCAGUCUGAGAGCCAGAUAUGCAACUCAGUCUAAUCACAGUGGAAUUGCAACCAGUCAAAAAAAGACUUCUAGGCUUCCAGGGCCCUCAAGGGUGCCAGCUGCAGGCAGCAGUACCAAGGUCCAGGGAGCUUCUAAUUUAAAUCGGAGAAGUCAGAGCUUUAACAGCAUUGACAAAAACAAGCCUCCACAAUAUGCAAAUGGCAAUGAAAAAGAUUCACCAAAAGGCCCUCACCCAUCUGCAGGCAUGAAUGGAAAUGUGCAGCAUCCCACCAGCACUGGGCAGCAGCCGGUCUCUGCCAUACCCUCUCCAAGUGCCAGCAAACCUUGGCGCAGCAAAUCCAUGAAUGUCAAACACAGUGCCACCUCCACCAUGCUGUCCGUGAAGCAGCCUAGUCCCGCCACCUCCCCUACUCCAUCUUCAGACAGGCUCAAGCCACCCCUUUCUGAAGGAGCGAAACCCCCUUCAUCCGGACAGAAAUCCAUGCUGGAAAAGUUCAAGCUGGUUAAUGCUAGGACUGCUUUAAGACCCCCCUUGUCAUCCAGUUCAGGACUCAAUGAGAGUGGAAGAGAGGAUGAUACCUUUUCGGAGUGUGGUGAAAUGGACGGCUUUAGCAGUGGGCUAAAUAGUGGUGGCUCCACCAGUAGCAGUCCUAAAGUGUCGCCUAAGCUAACCCCUCCAAAAGCUGGAAGCAAAAAUCUCAGCAAUAAAAAGUCUUUGCUACAGCCAAAGGACAAAGAGGAAAAGAACAGGGACAAAAAUAAAGUUUGCACUGAGAAAACAGUAAAGGAAGAGAAGGACCAGGUCACUGAAACAUCUACAAAGAAGAGCUCAAAAAUUGCAAGCUUGAUCCCAAAGGGGAGCAAGACUACAGCGGCCAAGAAGGAAAGUUUAAUACCCUCCUCUAGUGGGAUACCAAAACCUGGAUCAAAGGUACCGACAGCAAAGCAGAGUGCUUCAGCUGUGUGUGCAGGAAAUAAAGAGUCUGAAAAAUUCAGGACUACAAAGGGCAACCAGUCUCAAUCGACAACGAAAUCACAAGCUAAUGAGAAAGCCUCCACUUCCUGUAGUCUUACUUCUUCUGAAGGAAAAGAAUCUAGCCCAGCUCUGACCCCUGGUUCUUCUGCAGUUCUUUCUGUUUCAAUGGCUGCAAGCAGUGGACAAGUCACAGGAAAUGGCAUCGUCCAACUUCCUCAACAACAGCAAUAUAGUCACCCAAACACUGCCACAGUAGCUCCUUUCAUUUAUAGAACCCACUCAGAAAAUGACAGUACCUCUUUACCACCUGCUGACUCCUGCACCAGUCCUACUAAAAUGGAUUUAUCAUACAGUAAGACUGCCAAACAGUGCCUAGAGGAGAUAUCUGGAGAAGACCCAGAAACAAGAAGAAUGCGAACAGUAAAGAAUAUAGCAGAUCUGCGACAGAAUUUGGAAGAAACUAUGUCCAGCCUUAGAGGGACCCAGAUAAGCCACAGCACAUUAGAGACAACUUUUGACAGCACUGUGACAACCGAAGUGAAUGGGAGAAGUAUACCAAGCUUGACAAGCCGAUCCACGCCAGUGACUUGGAGGCUUGGCCAGGCUAGUCCUCGCCUCCAGGCAGGAGAUGCCCCAUCCUUAGGUAGUGGUUACCCUCGCAGUAGUGCUGGUCGCUUCAUACAUACCGACCCCUCACGAUUCAUGUAUACCACACCUCUUCGCCGAGCAGCUGUUUCUCGCCUCGGGAAUAUGUCACAGAUUGACAUGAAUGAAAAAGGAAGCAGUGAUCUGGACAUGUCCUCUGAAGUUGAUGUUGGAGGUUACAUGAGUGAUGGGGACAUUCUUGGGAAAAGCCUCAGAACAGAUGACAUCAAUAGUGGGUACAUGACAGAUGGAGGACUCAACCUGUAUACAAGAAGUCUGAACCGAAUACCAGACCUAGCUGCCUCCCGAGACGUAAUCCAGAGAGGUGUGCAUGAUGUGACUGUGGAUGCUGACAGGUGGGGAACAGCAAAAGUUCAAAUUCAACAGAGAACAAUCCCCUUUUGGAAUCAACAAACAGAGACAAGCUGGGAUGACAGCAGCUCAGUUAGUAGUGGCCUCAGUGACACUCUUGAUAACCUCAGCACGGAUGACCUGAACACGACCUCAUCUGUCAGCUCUUAUUCCAAUAUUACUGCUUCUUCAAGAAAAAACGCUCACACUCAGCUAAAGACUGAUUCAGAGAAACGGUCCGUAACAGACAGUGAAAACUGGGGCAGCACUGAAGAACUGAAGAAGCCAGAGGAGGACUUUGACAGCAACGUAGACAGCAGUGGGAAAUGGAAGGGCCUUCCCUCAGGGCUGUCUGAAGACUCAGAGAAGGGAGGUCAGAAAGCAUCUCUGUCUGUUUCACAGACUGGAUCCUGGAGGAGAGGCAUGACAGCACAAGUCGGAACAACCUCAUCCAGACACAAAGCUGGGACAAGUGCUCUCAAGACACCUGGAAAAACAGAUGAUGCGAAGGCUUCUGAAAAAGUGAAAACUCCCCUCAAAGGCACCUCUAUACAGCGCUCUCCAUCAGACGCAGGAAAAAGCAGUGGCGAUGAAGGAAAAAAGCCUCCCUCUGGCAUUGGACGGUCAACAGCUACUGGCUCCUUUGGAUUCAAGAAGGCUGGGGUGGGAUCUUCGACUAUAAUCACCACAAGUGGGGCAACCAUAACAAGUGGGUCGGCGACACUGGGGAAGAUGCCCAAAUCCUCAGCCAUUGGUGGCAAGUCAAAUGCCGGGAGGAAAACUAGCUUAGAUGGAUCACAGAAUCAGGAUGAUGGUGUAUUACAUGUUAACUCGAAGACCACACUGCAGUAUCGGAGUUUGCCACGCCCUUCAAAAUCGAGCACCAGCGGCAUUCCUGGAAGAGGUGGACACAGGUCCAGCACCAGCAGCAUCGACUCUAAUGUCAGCAGCAAGUCUGCAGGUGCUGCCACCACCAAACUGAGAGAGCCCACGAAGAUUGGCUCAGGGCGCUCCAGUCCCGUCACCAUCAAUCAGACAGACAAGGAAAAAGAGAAAGUGGCGGUAUCUGAUUCCGAGAGUGUUUCAUUGUCCAGUUCCCCCAAAUCCAGCCCAACCUCCGCCAGUGCCUGUGGGACACCAGGACUCAGGCAGCCAGGAUCCAAAUACCCAGACAUUGCCUCGCCCACAUUCCGAAGGUUGUUUGGUGCCAAGGCUGGUGGCAAAGCUGCCUCUGCACCCAAUACUGAAAGUGUGAAACCCACAUCAGCAAUGCCCAGCCCUAGUACCACAUUAGCACGGCAAGGAAGCCUAGAAUCUCCAUCUUCGGGUACAGGCAGCAUGGGCAGUGCAGGUGGGCAAAGUGGUAGCAGCAGCCCCCUCUUCAGUAAACCCUCGGAAUUAAAUACAGAUGUUGUAAGCUUAAGUCACUCCUUGGCUUCCAGUCCAGCAUCUGUUCACUCUUUCACAUCAGGUGGUCUCGUGUGGGCUGCAAACCUGAGCAGCUCCUCAGCUGGCAGUAAGGACACACCAAGUUACCAGUCAAUGACUAGCCUGCACACGAGCUCUGAAUCUAUUGAUCUCCCUCUGAGCCAUCAUAGCUCUCUCUCUGGAUUGACAACAGGCACUCAGGAGGUUCAGAGCAUGCUCAUGAGGACUGGAAGUGUCAGAUCUACACUAUCGGAAAGAAUGAGAAAGUCAAUAAGAAGAUAUGGAAGGAUCAUGCAGCUUGACAGAAAUACACUACCCAAAAAGGGACUAAGAUAUACCCCGUCAUCUCGGCAGACCAGCCAGGAGGAGGGCAAAGAGUGGCUGCGCUCCCAUUCCACUGGAGGUCUGCAGGACACUGGCAGUCAGUCCCCUAUCGUUUCGCCUUCAGCUAUGUCUUCCUCUGCAACUGGGAAAUAUCACUUUUCCAACUUGGUGAGUCCAACCAACCUGUCCCAGUUUAACCUUCCUGGACCCAGUAUGAUGCGUUCAAACAGCAUCCCCGCACAAGACUCUUCUUUUGACCUGUAUGAUGACUCCCAGCUGUGUGGCAGUGCCACAUCCUUAGAAGAGAGACCACGAGCAAUCAGUCAUUCAGGCUCAUUCAGGGACAGCAUGGAAGAAGUACAUGGGUCCUCAUUAUCACUGGUCUCCAGCACCUCCUCUCUCUAUUCUACAGCAGAAGAAAAGGCACAUUCAGAGCAAAUUCAUAAACUCCGAAGGGAACUGGUUGCAUCACAGGAAAAAGUUGCCACCCUCACAUCCCAGCUUUCAGCAAAUGCUCAUCUAGUAGCAGCUUUUGAAAAGAGCUUAGGAAAUAUGACCGGCCGACUGCAGAGCCUAACAAUGACAGCUGAACAAAAGGAAUCUGAGCUUAUAGAACUAAGAGAAACCAUUGAAAUGCUGAAAGCCCAGAAUUCUGCUGCGCAGGCUGCUAUUCAGGGAGCUUUGAAUGGCCCUGAUCAUGCCCACAAAGAUUUGCGUAUAAGACGACAACAUUCCUCAGAAAGUGUUUCCAGCAUCAACAGUGCCACAAGCCAUUCAAGCAUUGGCAGUGGUAAUGAUGCUGACUCCAAGAAAAAGAAAAAGAAAAACUGGGUGAACUCUAGAGGAAGUGAGCUAAGAAGCUCAUUCAAACAGGCCUUUGGAAAGAAAAAGUCCACCAAGCCUCCUUCCUCACAUUCCGACAUAGAGGAACUCACCGAUUCAUCUCUUCCAUCAUCACCCAAAUUGCCCCACAACCCAGGGGACUGUGGGACAUUGUCAAUGAAACCAUCACAGUCAGCAUCUGCGAUAUGUGAGUGCACAGAGGCAGAGGCUGAAAUUAUUCUACAGCUAAAGAGUGAGCUGAGGGAAAAAGAGCUAAAGUUAACAGACAUUCGUCUCGAGGCCCUCAGCUCGGCACACCAUCUUGAUCAGAUUCGUGAAGCCAUGAACCGCAUGCAGAAUGAAAUUGAGAUACUGAAAGCUGAAAAUGAUCGCUUAAAGGCAGAGACUGGAAAUACCGGGAAGCCGGCUCGACCAUCUUCUGAGUCUUCAAGCAGCACAUCCUCCUCUUCAUCACGGCAAUCAUUAGGGCUUUCUCUGAACAACUUGAAUAUCACAGACUCUGUUACGUCAGAUAUUUUACUGGAUGAUGUCACAGAUGGAGCCCUCCCCAAAGAAGGCCACAGUGUUAAAAUUAUAGUCACCAUAAGUAAGGGCUAUGGUCGAUCCAAGGAUCAAAAGACGCAGGCAUAUUUGAUAGGAUCCAUUGGGGUUAGUGGAAAAACCAAAUGGGACGUUUUAGAUGGAGUAAUUAGACGUCUCUUUAAGGAAUAUAUCUUCCGAGUGGAUCCAGCUACUAGCCUGGGUUUAAGCUCCGAUUGUAUUGCUAGCUACUGUAUAGGGGAUUUAAUCAGAGCCCAUAGCCUGGAAGUGCCUGAACUGCUGCCUUGUGGAUAUCUGGUUGGAGAUAACAACAUCAUCACCGUGAACCUGAAAGGAGUGGAAGAAAACAGUUUGGACAGUUUUGUGUUUGAUACACUAAUUCCUAAGCCAAUUACCCAACGGUACUUUAAUUUGCUGAUGGAGCAUCACAGAAUCAUCCUGUCAGGACCCAGUGGCACUGGAAAGACCUAUUUAGCCAACAGACUGGCUGAAUACGUAAUAACUAAAUUGGGCAGGAAAAAAACUGAGGAUGCAAUUGCUACUUUUAAUGUAGAUCACAAAUCAAGCAAGGAUCUGCGUCAAUACCUAGCUAACCUGGCUGAGCAGUGCAGUGCUGACAAUAGUGGUGCUGAUCUCCCUGUAGUAAUAAUUCUUGAUAACCUCCACCAUAUUGGUUCUUUGAGUGAUAUCUUCAAUGGUUUCCUCAAUUGUAAAUAUAAUACAUGUCCCUAUAUUAUUGGAACAAUGAACCAAGGGGUUACUUCAUCACCAAAUCUAGAGCUACAUCACAAUUUCAGGUGGGUGCUAUGUGCUAAUCACACGGAACCUGUAAAAGGUUUCCUGGGCAGGUAUCUGAGAAGGAAACUGAUUGAGACAGAAAUAGAAAGGAACAUGCGCAAUAAUGACCUCAUCAAGAUUAUUGACUGGAUCCCUAAGACAUGGCAUCAUCUCAACAGCUUUUUAGAAACGCACAGCUCCUCAGAUGUGACCAUUGGUCCUCGCCUUUUCCUCCCCUGUCCCAUGGAUGUUGAUGGCUCCAGAGUGUGGUUCACAGACCUUUGGAACUAUUCUUUGGUGCCAUAUCUUCUGGAGGCCGUGAGAGAGGGACUUCAGAUGUAUGGUAAAAGAGCGCCAUGGGAGGAUCCCUCAAAGUGGGUAGCAGAUACUUACCCAUGGAGCUCCGCACCUGUGCAGCAUGAAUGGCCAUCAUUACUUCAGUUAAGACCAGAAGACAUUGGGUUUGAGGGUUACGCAUCUGCACAAGAAGGAACAACGUCCAAGCACAUUCCACAAAGCGACACUGAAGGGGACCCCUUGAUGAAUAUGCUAAUGAGGCUCCAAGAAGCAGCCAAUUACUCGAGUGCACAAAGCUGUGACAGUGAUAGCACCAGCCACCAUGAUGACAUUUUGGAUUCCUCUCUUGAAUCAACUCUCUAGAGGGGACGAACCUGGGUAGAGGAUUAUAGUAAAAUCUAUUGCCACUAACUACUGCCAGGAUGAAAGCAGCACACUGAGGUCCCUGAACAAGAGCGGCGUGUUGUAGGUAGGCAGGAGGCUUAACUCUGCAAAGUCAGGAAUUAAAAUUGAAGUGGAAAGCUUGAAUUUGUUUAAUUUCAAGGCAUUUCAAUAUCAGUGGAGUGAGUAAGACUCCAUUAAUCAACUGGAAAGGGCCCUAAAUGGAGGGCAACUAAGCAGAUUGCACAUGUGUUAGCCAAACUGGAACCUUUUUUUUUGUUUUUCCUCUCUCUCUCUCUCUCUCUCUCUCUCUCUCUAACUCUCUCUCUAAAAGUUUACAGUACAAACUUUUUGUUUUUUUCCUUUACUUUUCUCUGAGGUGCUGCAUUAGCAAUGCAGUCUUCUGCUCCUCUUCUAACCUCUGUUGUGCCACAUGGUGCUGGUCACAGGACUACAGUAGUGUUUGUCGUACACUACUGCCCAUUCCAAAAUGAAUCAA